AUGGCGCUACUCGAGCACAUGGUGGAGGCGUUUGUGGACGAAGAGACAGAGCUUCUUACGUGCGGUGGUGACUUUUACGAGUGCCAAGACCUCACUGAGACCUCCCAAGACGACGACGACGACGACGACGAAGAAGAAGAAGAUUUGUAUCUUUCCCGAAAGCAACACGAGGAAGACUGUGAUAAAACACUCACAGUGAACAACCGUCGCCGAAAGAGACUCGUCUUUGCCAGACUAGAAGAGGUCCAAGAAGUAGACGAAGAAACCACAGAUGCGCCGUCAGAGUGUACCGGAACUUCGCAGGACGAAAUUGGAUCCAUCUUUCUAGGAAAGCCCAUGUCCAAGGAACGCUACUCGAUGAGCAAAGAGAUUCUCAAAGCAACACCUGGAAAGUGGCAACAGCUACACGAUAAAGCAAAAGCAAAAUGCCUCAUUCAGCAGCGAAUCAUUGCUUACCAAAACAGACAAGCAAAGCUAUCCGAGCAGCUUCAGAGGGAACGCAAACAGCAGCAACGAGAUCAGAUAAACAACCUGGUUAGUAUGGUCCAGGGCCGAGCUGUGCAGCCUUCAAUUACAUUACAUGCACCCCAAGUGGAAACUACUGCUGUUUUCCGACAAUCCACAAUCGCCACUGUCACGGUCACGGAAACGGAUACCCAAACUGUCGCCGAGGGGACGGAGACACUGGAAGAAGAAGAUCUACUAGAAGAAGAAACCCAAGAAGAGACAGAGCAAAGUGACCUUAGUUUUGGAAAAGCAUCCAUGAAGGAUCUGGUCCACGCCGUACUUCUGCAAGAUAACGACGACGACGACGAAAACGAUGACAGCGAUGACUUCGACUGGGACUUUGACGAUGACGAAUGCGACUGCACAGACAAUGGCAGCGAGAGAGGAGAUUUGAGCAUGAAAGAAGAUCCAUCUGAACACAUACAUGUAGAUGAAACGGACCACGAUGCACGAGACGACAUUUCAGUAGUAGCAGAUGCUAUCAAAGAAGCAGGCAACGAUGUGGGUCGAGAGGAUACUCCCGAUAUGGUGAAGUCAAAAAGGGUUCAGGAGGGCACGGAAGAAAAUGAAAAUGGUAAGCAGCAACAUCAAGAAAAACCACAAAAACCACAAGAAAAGACGGCAAAACCAAAACCCAAGCGCGUCAAGAGCAAGGUCCGAAAGAGACUCAUGAGCACAUUACAGCGAGUCGCCGAAUCAUGCCACAACCGAGAUGACACUAUGGACGACAAUGACGUUGUAUAUGUGCUCGAAGAAAGAAGAGAGACUGUCGAUAGCAGCAGUACAAGGGGCGGCAGCCAAAACAGCAGCAAAACCAACUCCAACACCAACACCAACAAAAGUGACGUGAUUGCUCUGGUGGAUCAACACAAUGAUGAUGAUGAUGAUGCCGACAACUAUGAUCUGCUAGCAAUCAUGGUCGACAAGGUGGAAAAGCAGACUAUUAUUGACACUACUAAAGUGGGGGCAAAAAAGGGACUGCUACUGCCGUUGCUGGCCCCUAAAUCUCGAUCGUCGUUGAUGGAGGACUCUGACUCCUUAUGGGAUUUUGAGUGGAGUGAUUCCUCCGUACUUGGAGUGAUGGGUGCAGGACCGGACGACGAUAACCUGUAUAGCAGGGGUCACUUCUAG